CACAGCCAUGGAUAAUGAUUCGAAGCAAAUAAUUUCCAUGGUAAACCUUGACAAACGGGAGACUAACAGAAAUUCUGUCAUUAUGGAGAAGGAGGGCUUUGUGCGUACCCUGGAGACACUUCGUGAAGAGCUGAAUGUGACCGAAGUUUGCACAGAUGCACACAGUCAAAUAGCAGCACUUUUUAAUAAAGGGCUGUUCAAAGACAGUGGCAUACACCAUUCUUGGGACAUCUGGCAUGGCUCGAAGAACCUCAAUAAGAAGCUUGUGGCGGCAGGACAGCAAAAGGGAUGCGCUGGUUUACUAGCAUGGAGCAGGGAUAUUUGCAACCAUUUCUGGCACUGCUGCAAGACUUCAAACUCCUAUCGACAGUUUAUGGACAUGUGGUCGGGACUGCUGCACCAUGUCACCGGAGAGCAUGAGUGGUCCCUGUACUCCUGUCACCAUGGCCCUCUGGAGGACAGCAGAGACAAGGAAUGGAUCGAGGCAGACAGUUUGGCACACCAAAGACUGAGAGAAAUUGUUCUCGACGCACGCUGGCUGAAGAACAUUGACAAAUACCUUCACUUCAGGUCAACGGCAGAUUUGGAGUCGUUUCAUAACCACAUACUUAUGUAUGCAAGCAAACGCUACAGCUUUUCCCCUCCUGUCUAUGAAGCGCGUACUUUGUUGGCUGGCCUGGACUACAACCAUCACCUGAAGAGACCAGCCAAGAGAAAGGCGGAUGGCACAAUUCAGUACGGGAAGUUGUACAAUAAGAGGUCCAGGAGCUGGAGGCUGCAUAUGGAAAAGGUUGAGAAGGACUACAGCUACAUCGAUGACCUACAGAGAACCAUUCUGCGUCGUAGACUGGCUGCCACUAGAGGAAUGGCUGACCCGAGACCCUCCAGACCAGAUGACCCGAGAAGACUUGGCCCUCUCUCUGGUGUACCUGCCCCAACAACCCAAGAGCUGCUACUGAAGCAAGUCAGCAGAGGGCUUGCACAGACUCCUCCACCUGCUGACUAGUUCUUCAGCUGUUGUUCUCCUUUUUUG